AUGCCGAUCCGUCCCCUUGACGAAUGGACCGUGGGCCGCACGCAGUCCCUGCCUCUGUCCACACUGAAGGGUGCGGUCAUUGGUCUCGAUGCUUCCCACUAUCUCCAACAGCAUCUGGUCAACCAGUCGACUCGAGAGGCCCUGCUCGGCGCCCUAGGGGGCUUUCCCUUCGCGCUCAAGGCCAACAUUGAACGAGAGCUUCAGACUUACAAGAAUCUGGGGGUGACAUGUGUCUUUGUUUUCAAUGGCCUCGAUUUUGGCAAGAAAGAUGAAAAGCCUCGCAACCAAGCUGCCAUGGUUCGCUCGUUCGAGCAAGCUUGGGAGCUGUAUGACCAGCAGCAAGCGGACCAAGUUGUCGAUGCCUUCAGCAAUGCCGGUAUGAAUAGCCUCGCGGCACGCAUGUCCGAUAUCUGGUCGCCUUCAUUGCCGGCCACAGUACUCUGUGGCUUCCUGGUGGUAGCUCCGAUCGAAGCUGACGAUGAAACAUCAGGCACCCCGCCUCCGGAAACCCUUUACAAGUUCCUACAACGGAUUCUCUAUCAGAACGGCGUAGCCUUCAUGGUUGCUCCGUACAGCGCGUGUGCGCAGGCCAUGAUGGAAAUUGACCGUGCAUCCGUUGAGCAGCUUGCCUAUCUCGCCCGGGGCUCCCAUCCGGUCAUCGAUGCCAUUUACGGACCCUCCGAAGCUCUUUUCUUUGAUAUUGAUAAACUCGUGACCCGCAUCGACAUUGAGCCCGCGCAAUUCUUCUGGCUCACGAAACGCACACUCCAGGAGGAAUUGGGUCGCUUAUCAAAUGAUCAGUUCUUGGAUUUUGGCCUCCUUCUGGGAUCACCGUUCUUGAGAUCGUUCCCGUUGUUUGAGAAUCCCGCCUUCCCCGGAAAGCUACCGACCGUUCGGGACGCGCUGCCCAUGUUCAAUGCGGCCGGCCGGAGCGCCUUGACAUUGUGUGCGCAAUUCGAAGACGAGCGUCGGAUGCAAGAGCUGGACUACACAAAGCGAUACAAGCGAGCCUACUUGGUUGUCAAGCACCAUGUGAUCAUCGAUGUUGAGGGACGAGUGGCCCCGAUGCACCAGGAGGAAACCCCCUCGGACAUGCACGAACUCAUUGGACUGCGACUACCGGAAGAGCUAUACUUUUAUAUGUCCAAGGGCGUGAUUGGUCAUGAUGUUCCCAACUUUCUCACAUCUGGCGAAGUCCGCUUGACCCUGCCGUUGGGCACGGAAGACACCGAAAUUUACCGUCAACUUGUAGCAGAUACUCUCACUCCCAUCAGGGCACAGUCUAUCGGACUCUUGGCCAACUGCCUUCAUCGAUUCUAUCAGACUAAGACGAUCACCAUCCGACCUUGGUUCGACCAAGACUCGACCCAAAGACAGAUCAACCUGAAGGGACUCCCGUCCGUGAAAGAGACUGUGCAGGCCUGGAGAGUUUCCAGUGACAAGUUCACAGAGGAGACCAAGGGCCUCCAAGCCCCCCGCGGCUCGUUCAAGUUUGGCUUGCAGAGCCUAACGAACCCUGAAUUCGUGGCCAGAACAUUUGCCAGCAAAGACACACCCAUUCUUUCCACACAAGAAGACAUUUUGUCGAAUGUGGUUUGGCGAUUCUUGCAAUUGCGCGGCUACGUGGACGACAAGCACAACUUGACCGCUUGGGGCAAAUGCCUCCAACAAGCACUCGCAGGAGUAGAACUCGAGGACAAUCUGGAAGAGGCAAUUUUUAUCGCGAUUGAAAUGCUCCGCAUGGGUCUUCUCAACACAAAGAACUGGUUCUCGCAUGUCUCAGGAGGUCCAAUGCGAGGCUCGGAGGAGGAUAAAACAUUUAACAUGUUGGUAUCUCGCGUGGCAUGCAUCGCAAAAUUGCAGCACAAGCCCAUUGGCUACUCUGGCCCUCUUAGUCGACAACUCCUAUGCUAUCGCUCCCUCAUUUGUGAGGUGCGCACCGCACUCAGAAAUCUCAUCGAAUCGGUUCUUGUCAGUCUGUUGCUGAGCGGAGAUGCUGAUCGUGAUCGCAAAGACUGGGUUGAGCUGGGCGUUAAACUUCCUUUUAUUGACGAUAACGACUGUGGCCUCGGUAUUGCCGUGCGGACUUAUCUGGACGACCUGCCACUACAAGCCAAUCCCACUUCGCCAGAGGCUCGCCAGGAGGUCAAGUCCAAGGGCAAAGAGUGGUUCCAGCACAGCGAGAGUUUCACUGGCAACUUGGACCUAGCCUUUAGAUUGUGGGAUGCCGUCUACCAAGGAACGCAAAAUGCAGGCAAGGAGUUCAAGGAGGCGCGACUUUGGGACAAUGCCAACAAGUGGUUGGCAGACCGACGAUAG